CGCGCACCCACCACCACGAGAGCGCCCACCAAUCGCCUCCAAACUGCCUUUGCAGCCUCGUAACUCCAGACUCUGCCUCCUCGCCCGCAGACCGCAGUCGAGUCCUCGCUCUGCCAUCAUAAGGACGCUCUUCCAUCAGAGAGAGGACGCGAUGGGCUCUGUGCUGCCCGCUGAAGCGCUGGCCCUCAAGGCUGGACUCAAGCAGCAGAGCCUGGCCCUGUCCGACAUCAUCACCUCGGACAUCCUGCACAGCUUCCUGUACGGCAGGUGGAGGAGCGUGCUGGGGGAGCAGCUGUAUGAGGAGAAGAGCAGCACGGUCAGCCCCAAAACAGCCUUCACCGCGGAGGUGCUGGCGCAGUCCUUCUCCGGAGAGGUUCAGAAGCUCUCGAGCCUGGUGCUGCCCAGCGAGGUGAUCAUCGCGCAGAGCUCCAUCCCUGGAGAAGGUCUGGGCAUCUUCUCCAAGACGUGGAUCAAAGCGGGCACGGAGAUGGGCCCCUUCACCGGCAGGGUCAUCAGCCCCGAGCACGUGGACCUCUUCAAGAACAACAACCUCAUGUGGGAGGUCUUUAACGAGGACGGGACGGUGCGCUACUUCAUCGACGCCAGUCAGGAAGACCACCGCAGCUGGAUGACCUACAUCAAAUGCGCUCGCAAUGAGCAGGAGCAGAACUUGGAGGUCGUGCAGAUUGGAAGCAGCAUAUUCUACAAAGCUGUAGAGACCAUACCCCCAGAUCAGGAGUUGUUGGUGUGGUAUGGAAAUUCCCACAAUACGUUUCUGGGCAUUCCUGGGGUUCCUGGCACUGAAGAAGAACAUCAGAAGAAGCAUAAGAAUGAAGACUUCCACGUGUGCGACACGUCGUCCUCGAGCGCGUCGCUGGCCACCGCGGGGCGCAUGCGCUGCGUCAUCUGCCACCGCGGCUUCAACUCGCGCAGCAACCUGCGCUCGCACAUGCGCAUCCACACGCUGGACAAGCCCUUCGUGUGCCGCUUCUGCAACCGCCGCUUCAGCCAAUCGUCCACGUUGCGCAACCACGUGCGCCUGCACACGGGCGAGCGCCCGUACAAGUGCCACGUGUGCCAGAGCGCCUACUCGCAGUUGGCCGGCCUGCGCGCGCACCAGAAGAGCGCGCGCCACCGGCCGCCCAGUUCAGGGCCCGUGGUGGGGCUCCAGACGCCCUCGCCUCCUCCUCCUCCUCCUCCUCAGUUGGCUGCGGUGCCCCAUCCGGCCUCGCUGGUGCACCAUAUCCCCACCAUGGUGCUGUGA